AGGAUAAACAUAAGUAAAGAUAAAGAACCAUAUUGUAAAAAACGUCGUUAAACCCUAACCCUAAACCUAUCACCUUCCCCAAAUUUCAGAAACCGAUCAUACGAGAGAGAAAAGGAUUUGCGGGAAAUCAAACUACCGAAAUUUCCUAUCUUCUGAAAUUUGGAAGGUUUGUGUCAAAUAUCUUACCAAUAUUUGAGCAAUAAUUCAGAAUUUCACUAAUCAUUUAUCGGUUAGCUCAAUAAAUUUCGGAUUUUGGGGGUUUAGUUCAACGCAGUGAACGAUUUUGAGUAACAAAUCUUUAUCUGAAACAGUAAAAAUGUUAGCAAAUGUUCUAAAUCAUGAAGAAGAAGAAGAAACAAUGGCAGUAAACUCCGUUGAUGUGCUAAACAAAGUAGUUGAGGUCGAAGUAGAAGGGGAAGAAGAGGAGGAAGAUGAUGAUUGGUCUUCAGAUUCUGAAAUUGGAGAUGCUUUGGAUUGGUUGGAUUUGAAGGAUGUUAACGAAGGCGGUGUCGAAGGCGGGUCAAUUACUCUUAAUGCUCGACGGCCGAAUGCUCAUGGUGGGGCUUUGUCUAGGCCUACUUCUUCAGCGCUUCAACCUCUUUCGAAUCGCACCCAGAAGUUUACUCACCGCAUUCGUGCUUCGCCUCUAGAGGAAUGGGAGGGAAGGAUGAAUGUUGGCAUGUCCAAUUCAGUUACUACUGCAAUUCGUGAGAGUGUGCGGGGAAUGGCUAUUGGUAAGACGAAGAACACGGAGAAAGCUGACCGUGCAACUGUUGAACAAGCCAUUGACCCCAGGACUCGAAUGGUUCUCUUCAAAAUGUUGAAUCGGGGUGUGUUCAAUGAUAUAAAUGGCUGUAUAUCAACUGGGAAAGAGGCAAAUGUUUAUCAUGCAACAAAGUCUGAUGGUCCAGAAUUGGCAAUUAAAGUAUACAAAACUUCGGUUUUGGUGUUCAAGGAUAGAGACAGAUAUGUACAAGGUGAUUAUCGUUUCAGACAUGGAUAUUGCAAGCACAAUCCUCGGAAAAUGGUCAAGACAUGGGCGGAGAAAGAAAUGAGGAAUCUUAUGAGGCUGAAAGCGGCGGGAUUACGCUGUCCUACACCUAUUCUUUUGAGACUCCAUGUAUUGGUCAUGGAAUUCAUAGGGAAGGCAGGUUGGGCAGCACCUCGACUUAAAGACGCAGCUUUAUCCCUUGACAAGUUGCGUGAAAGUUAUGUAGAGAUUAUUACUGCAAUGAGGACGAUGUAUCAGAAAUGCAAAUUGGUACAUGGAGACCUUAGCGAGUACAACAUUCUAUAUUAUGAGGGCCACUUGUAUAUUAUUGACGUUUCACAAACCGUUGAUCUUGACCAUCCUCAUGCACUUGAUUUCUUGCGUGAAGAUUGUCUUCAUGUUUCUGAUUUCUUUAAGAAAAAUGGUGUAGCUGUGAUGACUAUCCGGGAACUUUUUGAUUUCAUUGUGGACCCAACUAUUGCUGAUGAUGCUGUGGAUACUUAUUUGGAAGAGGUACAACAAAAGAUUCUAGCUAGAGGGGAUAUGAUAUCUGCUGAGGAGCAAAUAGCAGACUCCGUGUUCGUUCAGUCAUAUAUUCCAAAGACACUAGAAGAAGUGAAAGAUGCUGAGGAAGAUGCAUUUCGUUUAACUAGCGGGAAGGACACGGGAGAUAUGUACUACAAAACCAUCACAGGGCUCCAGCAGACGGUUGAUAUGACUAGAACUUCCGCUCGUUCUGAUUUGAGUGUCAGUGAAACAGACUCAGGAACAGAAGAUGAAGAUGAUGGUGAAGAUGAAGAUGGGAGCUCUGGUGAAUUAGAAGAGAAGGAAAGUAAGCUGGGCCCUGAAGAGAAAAAGGCAGCUAGGAAGGAAAACAAGAAAAAAGUGAAAGAGGAGAAGAGGGAAGCUAGGAAGAGCAAGAUUCCAAAGGCCAUGAAGAAGAGAAAAAAGAAGCUUUCCAAAGCUCAAAAAACAAGGUAGUUUAUUUUAAAGAAUGAAGAUCAAGCAAGUUUUGUAGAUUUUAUUAUUAGAGAUUACUAAUAUAACACAUAGGUUAAAAUGAAGAGAGGGUUUUUUUGCGUCAGUUAGAAAGUCGUUAUUUCUUCCAUUUGUUUUUCAUGUACAAGAAAUGAGCUUGUUUUUUCACGCAAACUUCACCUGUCUGGCCAUGUAAGAUUUAACAGAACUUAUUAAUUAAGAAUAUCACUUAGGGCCUGUUC